AUGAAUCACCAAGGUACUCCCGUACAUGGAAACCCGCGGAUGAAGCACCUCCCGCAUCUCAGUGAAUUCGUCCCUUCCCCCCCCUCCCCGCUAAAAAGUCAGGUCAACCAAGCUGCCUCCACCUUUUACCUCAAGUGCCAACCUGGUAGUGGCUUUCCCGAGAAGAAAAAAAUUCAUUCACAAAAAAAAAACUCGGGCCUCAGAUUUUAUUCCUGGGCCUUUUUCUCCUCCUCUCCCACAACCGCACAUAUCUCUCUCUCUCUCUAUCCCUCUCCUCCACAAACCUUGCCCUACCGGUAUCCUUGUGGUCAUUCUUCCUCUGCUCACUCGUCCUGCUCGGUCGAUACCUUUCUGCCAAUAACCAAGCCCUCCUCCAAUCGAAGCCUUGCGUUUACCGUCUUCCACGUUUUCUUUGGAUCGCCGCAGCCCGAGCAUCUCCGGAACGUCUCGCCUCGCUUGCCUCUCGCAACCCAAAAAAAACACACUCCGUUGACGUGCCUUCAACCUACCUCCCCCCUUUUCGUUUACGAGGAACACAGCUUCCACCGCACCUCAUACCAUCUCGUUCGCGCACUCGAUCCUACUGAUUCCCACCUUCCGGCUUCACUGGACCAGCAGCACCUGCUCGUCCCGACAUUCUUGCGUUUACUUCAAUCUUUGACGGCUUUCGACGACGUCAACCGGCUCCUGAUUCCUUUCACGGCACCUCAGGCCGCCGACCGACUCAUUCUUCGGACCACGCGGAGAGGUUUGGUUCGCCCUCUCCGGUCUGUCUCCGUCUCAGGAGUUGCUGGAUUAGAUCAGUUGAUCAUCUUCCCUGGUCCCUUAUACCCAAUAGUCUUUCGAGGCAUGCCUAUUUCUGCAUCAGACCUAGCAUCAGACACGAUGGCUACUGCAUUUUCUUACGCUCAAGCCGCCAAGGGUCAGGCGGCCACAACACCCGCGGCCCAGACCACCGAGAACGGCAAGGACUCCGCGAGCUCAGUAAAUGGCGAACAACCGGCUGCCGAGCCCACCGCUGUCAAGAGCACCGACUCCGUUGACGACGAGUCCUCGAGAAAUAGCCCUCUCAAGGCCCAACUGGCUGCCAAGCAGGACAUUUCCUCUGCCCAAGCAGAGGCCAACAGCACGAACACACCAUCUGCCGCCGCUUCCGUCACCGACUCGCGACGCGAUGACGAGGAGGCCGUUACCGAAGCCUCUGCCCGCCGAAGUGAGAAGAGUGUGAGGUCGGCAAGCGCAUCUACUCGCGUGACUGACGAGGCCGAGCCGAAGAAGGGCUCUAGGAAGCCGAGAAAGGGCAAGGCCGGAAAAGAGUCAAGUGAGGAUGCGAAGAAGGAGAAGGCCGCAGAGCAGGAGAAGGAGGAGCCCAAGAUUGAGCUCGUCGAGGCGCCGCUUCCUUCGGUCAACAUCUGGACCCAGCGCAAGGAGACUGCGGCUCACAAGACCUCUGUCACCCUGCCCACCGCCAAUGGUGCUACCAGUGCAUCUACCCCAGUUGACACCUGGCCCAACAGCCAGGAGUCCAAGAAGAAGAACAAGUCCGCUGACGGCGCUGAAGCCACCAACGGCACUGCUGCCGGCAAGUCUCAACGCAAGGCUGGCGAUGGUGACGCCGCCGCCAGAAGAAACGGUGCUCGCGGCUCAAGGGUUAUUGAGAGAGAUAGCCGACUGACUGAGGUCCCUCCCCCUGUUGGCGACGUUCACUCAUGGCCUACGCCUGAGACGGCGGUCAAGGAGAUUGUCAAGGAGGAGAAGCGCAAGCCUCUCGAGAAGGUUGAGCGGGUAGAGGUCGAGGCCCAGGAUGAUGCCGGCGCCAAGGGACGUUCAAAAGACAAGUGGGAGCGUAUGGACUUUGUCCCUACUGUCCAGUUCUCCACCCCCAUCCCCUCAGUUAGAGGCUCUCGGGGAGGACGAGGUGGUGCUCGUGGUGGACGCGACGUUACUUCUCGUGGCGGUCACGGCGCUGCUGCUGCUGCUGCCUCUGCUGACAAGCCGGCCAGCACUGCUGCCCCUACCAAGGCUGGAAACGAAGCUCGGGACCGCGCUCGCGACGGUAACGCUCCGGCCAGAGCCAACUCUCAGCCCCCUGUUGCGAACAAGCGGGCCUCAAUGGAAGUCUCUAACGGCAAGGAGCAACGCAAGCCCACGGCGCCCCACUCUGGCGAGCGCAACAAGGAGUCGCAGUCAAAUGCCACCAAUGAGCAGGCCGGUCCUGUCAGAGAGAGAGGCGAAGGCCGCGGCGAUAGGGGCCGUGGCGGAUACCGAGGCCGCGGAGGUCACCCUGGAAACAUGCCCAUGCACACUCAGCAGUCUUCUUACAUGUCUAACGGCAACUCCUUCGGCUCCCAAGGCCCCAGACAGUACGCCAGCCCUCCCCUCCACCAGGGCGGCAGCUUCCAAUCCUCUUACGGAGGUUCCCAGUCCCGCGGUGGUCGUGGCGGCCGCGGUCAGUCAAAUGGCUCUGGAGCGUUCCGUGGUGCUGGUGGCCCUUCGAACUCUGGCCGUAUGCGUCAAGUUCAGACCAACAUGAACCAGGUCUCCUGGGAUUACGGAGUUCCCAUGACCCCGGGUUCUUAUGCCGCAUUCUACGAGCAAACGAGACAUAUCAUGAUCCCUCAGAUGGAGUACUACUUCUCCGUCGAGAACCUCCUGAAGGAUACCUACCUGCGCAAGAACAUGGACAGCCAGGGUUUCGUGCCCUUGGAGCUUGUCCUCGGCUUCCAAAGGGUUCGUUCGGUGGCCGAUGCCCAGACUCUGCGCGCAAUUAUUGCCGAGUGCCCCCAGCUGGAUUACGUUGUCGGCGACGAUGGCAUUGAGAGACUGAGAUCUCGUACCCACUGGCAAAAGUUCGUCUACCCUAACAUGGAGCUGCGCUUCGAUGCUGCCCGCAACGAGGGACCUCAGUACUUCUACCCCCGUUCCCUUCACGCCAUCGCUCACUACGACCACGGCAUGCUCGGCGACUACCCUGUUAUCUCGCCGACUGCUGCCUACCCCAAUGGUGCCGAGAAUACCUACGUCGCCUACCCCACCGAGGCUCAGGGUGGACAGCCGAACGGCACUGUGAACGGCAAUGCUGCCGAGACACAGCUUUCUGCUCAAGUCCCCGAAUUCCAGCCCGGUCCCGCAUCCGAGCAAACGGCCGAGGCCUCGGCGGAGACGGAGAAGGCCCAGCCCCUCGUCAAUGGCUCUGCCCACACAGAGAGCGCACCCUUGACGAACGGAAACCACGCUCAGCCUGCUGAAGCCCUCCAGUCCUACAGCAACUUGUCGAGUCCUUCGCAACGCGCACACUUGCUGAUGCGGUUUCGAGGAGAGAACUCGGUUGCAGAGUCUCCCAUCGACGACAUCCCAUUCCCUGAGUUCCGUCUGCGCGCGCUCUCCCAACGGCAAGAUACUUUAGCCGGGGAAAUCCCCGGCGACAUGAAAUCCCUUUAUCGGUUCUGGUCUCAUUUCUUGGUCCGGCAUUUUGAUUUGGAGAUGUUUGAGGAGUUUCGGGCAUAUGCAGUGGCGGACGCCACUGGGGGAACCAUCAACACAACUGGCCUCAAGCACUUGAUUGCAUACUAUGAAGCGGUCUUACAAGAGGACAAAAAAUAUCCUCUGGACAAUCUGGAGUCUCUCUAUGGAGAAGCGAAAAGGCUAGCUGCGACAGCUGAGACCCCUUGA